UAUCAGAAUCAGAUGAGAAAACAAGGUUUCAAAUAUCUUUAAGAAAUGAGUUGGUGAAGCACUGAAGAUUUUACAUCUUACUUCAGUAAUUUGUAGGUAAAUAUUGAGAGUAUACUGGCCAAGAUAAUUCAAGAGCAUUUGGUAUUUGACUGUCAGACAGAUGUGAUUGAUUUCCCCAUUUUUCUUCUCAACUUUUUCCCAUUUCAUUCUCAGAAUCUGACCUUUUUGUUAUAGGUGGAUUUAUGGAGGAGACUCCAGUGAUGUGUACAGUGACUGUUGUUAACAAUAAUGACUGCUGUAAAUGUCUUAGUUCGGUUAAACUGAACUGAAAAAGCAGACAGCUUGGCAGAAAGUAGCUCCAAAUAAUGUUGAACUUGUCCAGAUGGCCCAGUAUUUCUGAAAUAACAUAAUGCUCGUAUGUCAUCUUUAUCAUCAUCUCAGCUGACUGCAUGAGGUCCUGCACUGUAAACAUCAUCAUUGCUGUUGUGGUGACCUUUUUGUGUGGAGUAUUACUGGGCAAAUUUCCCUCUAAAUGUUACAGCUGUGUGAGGAGAAAAAAAUUGCCAGUAUCCACAGAGUCAUCAGACCAAAGUACAACAAACAGGAAUGCAGAAGGAAACCACCAGAGCUACGAGGCUGACAGCGCUCAAAAUGUCAUCAAUGAGCAUCUGAGAAAAAUUGAGGAAUUGGAGUCAAACCUUGGUGAAGCAGAGGGACGCAUCCACCAACUGGAAGAAGAACUGAACCACCUGAGAUCUACAUGUUUGAUCUUGCCCUGCAGCACGACCAGCCUACAGUUAUCACAUGAGCACCAAGUGCAGCAAAUAUCAGCCUUAAGCCCCACAGUCCAAAGAAGCAGUCAGGACCACAGCAGUCCUGUCCUUGUAGGAAGUGAUGACACUGUUUUGCCCGCUCCUUCUUCAGCUUCCACGUUUGAGACAAAACCUCUCAUCCGUUCCAAGAGCAUGUCUGAGUCUCUGCCUCAUUCCAAUAGUGCCCAGAUCCAGCAGAGAUACACCGUGUUUUCUAACAGCUUCACUGUCCUUUCUGAUUUACCUGAAGACUCAGAGCUGUUGCUUUAGAAUGAGCAGAAAUAAUGGAAAUAUGACUAGCCACCUUUUUUACUUGGAAAAAAUAAAACAAAGAACUAAAAUCUGUUAGCUGUCAGAUGUGAGGGGGGUUGGGUAAAAAAGUUUGCAUUUCAAAUGGUUAUGAACAAUUGGAUACCUAGGGGAGGGUUAAUAAGCAUAUUUUUCAUGUCUCACUUCAGGCAGCAGUUUUCUAAAGCCUUAAAAACAGUUGACAAACACUCUGGUGAUGGCUGUCAUUUUUUUUAUUUGUGCAAGUACUCAGCCUAGGCCACCCGGGGGCAGGAGUGCACAAGCUACCAGAAGUCAUGGGUUUUCCUGGACUUGGCUGGCAUCAGUAUUUUAUGACGUGAUAGGGUUGCAGUUAAGCUUUUUUAUGUCAUUGUGAUUUUUGAUAGUUCAAACAGGCCUGAAGGGUCUUUAUUUUAAUAUAGUACAUAAUACAUGUUAGAAUAUUAACAAACUGUUGAGUUGUUGUUUGCUUGAUUCUGUGGUGGCAUUUGCAGUUUUUUACGCUGUUCAAGGUUCAAAGUGUUUAUUUG